ACACCGCUUCUGUUGGCUGCAUUCGAAGGUCACACGUCAACAGCAGAAUUGAUACUUAAAAUUGGACGGGCGGAUGUCAAUGUACGAGACAACCAAAGAACAACACCACUUGCAGCAGCCGCAGAGUGGGGACACACAUCAACCGUAGAUAUCCUACUUAAGCAUAAUCAGGUUCAAGUCAACUCACAGGACUUGUAUGGCUACACACCGCUUGCAAGGGCUGCUGCAAACGGUCAUACAUCGGUAGUAGAGCUAUUGCUCAAGAACGACAAAGUGGACGUCGAUUUACCAAACCAAAAUGGCGCGACACCCCUGGGACUGGCAGCCCGAUAUGGUCGCAUGCCCAUAGCAGAAAUGCUGCUUCGGAGUAAAAAGGCAGAGGUCAAUUUCAAGAACUCCAAGGGAGAGACUCCGCUGUCAUUAGCAAUCCUCAGGGGUCAAAAGGCGACAUAUGACCUCUUGAAAUCAUAUGGUGCGAAGGAUGAU